AUGGACGGAAGAAUAGAAACAGUGAAAGUGGCAGUAAUUGGAGCUGGUGUAUCAGGAUUAAAGGCAGCACAAACAUUGUUGCACAAUAAAAAUUCCAAGCUUAAACCUGAAGAUAUUAUUAUCGUAGAAGCACAGGACCGAAUUGGAGGUAGAAUAUACACCGACAAAACUUCAUCGAAACUAGGAUACUCUUACGAUUUAGGUGCAUCGUGGUUUCAUGAUUCAUUGUCUAAUAAAGUGUUAGAUGAGCUCAUUGAAGAGAAUAAUAAAAAUGACUUCGACCUAAGCAAGGACGGGUAUUUUAAUGAUAAGGAAAUUUUGUUUUAUGAUGGGCCCCAAAAGAGUCCUCUCGAUUCAAAUACAUUAAGGCUUAAUAAGAUUGGAGGUGAAUUUGAAAUAUACGUCCAGCAAUACUAUUUCAACAAUAUCGGGGCGAAAGACAUGUCAUUGAAAGAUAUGUUUUACAAAUAUAUCAAAGAGCGAUCACAAUUUUUGACUAAAGAACAAAUUAAGCAUGUUGUUGGGGUAGUAAGAGUAGCAGAAUUGUGGCUCGGUGUAUCUUGGGAGAAUAUUAGUGCUAAGUAUUCAGUUUUGGAUCACAACGGGCGCGACUUGUUUAAUAAAAAAGGAUAUCAGCUUGUGAUUGACAAGCUAGUGGACCAAAUUCCAAGAAGUAGAUUAGUGCUUAAUCAGCCUGUUUCAGUGAUCACUAGAAACUUCAAAGGAGAGGCAAAUAAGCCCAUUCUAGUGGAGAGCAAAAAUGGAUUAAAGGUAUUUUGCAACUAUUUGAUCGUGACGGUCCCCUUGAGUAUUUUGUUACUUGAUAAUAGCUCUGAACAAAGUAUCACUUGGAACCCCCCCUUACCUUCUCGCAUAGAGAAUGGAUUAAAAACUAUACACUUCGGCUCCUUGGGAAAAGUAGUGUUCGAGUUUGAGUCAACUUGGUGGGAUAUGAAUGAAGAUAGGUUUGUCAUUUUCAGCAGUCUGUUUACAGAUGAAGAUGUGUCCUCACCUUUAAAGGAGUUACCACAGCCAUUCACAUAUCCAUGUUACAUAGUAAAUGUUCUGGCAAUGCAUAAAGACUCUGGUAUAAAAGGUGGGAGCCUAAUGAUUUUGACGCAAGCCCCCUUGACUGAAUACCUAGAAUCGCAUAAAGAUCAAGCAUGGGACUAUUUUAAACCAAUGCUUGCAGAUUUGUUGGUCCCUGGUAAGAAAUUCACGGAUCCUAUUCAGACAUUGGUUACCCUGUGGACAACCAACCCUUAUAUAAGAGGUGCUUAUGGUGCCACUUAUCCGCAUGAUGAACCCAUGGAAUUUAUUGCUCUGGUUGCCGGGGAUUCACCUCAACUAGGUUUUCCAAUGGGUGAAAUUAGAUUUGCCGGGGAGCAUACCAUUUUAGAAGGAGCUGGAUGCGUUCAUGGAGCUUAUGAAAGUGGUGAAAGAGAGGCUCUUGGAGUGUUGGAAAAGUUAGGUUUUCUUCGCUAUGAGAAGCUUUAA